GGGGCAGGGGGGGGGGGCGCCGUGUGAGGGAGCCUGGCACAAAAUGGCGGCGGGGGGGCGGGCGCUGCUCUCGGGGGGGGCCGCCGCCGACUGAGCGGCUCGGCCGCCUCCUCCCCGCACAUCCCCGGCCCCGGGGGGGGGGCUUCGGGGCUUCAGGGGGGGCCCCUCCGGCCGUCCGCGAGCCCUUUGGGUUGAGGUGUUUUGAGGCGGCUUCGUCAGCCGCAGCCUCUCCCCGCCCGCCCGCCCAGCGGUGAGGGCCGCGGCGGCGUUUUUGGGACCCCCCCCUCCCCCGGGGGGGAGGCGUGAGGGGGGGUAAAAGAGGAGGCUGCGCCCACCCCCCCCACCCCCCCUCACGGCGGGCAGCGGCCGUUGAGGCUCCGCCGAGCGGCCGAGGCCCCGCCUGGGCGAGGAGGGCAGGAAGAUGGCGGCGGGCGGCGGCGGCAGGGCCUCGUCGUCUUCCUCCUCCUCUUCCUCGGCCGCCUCCUCCUCCUCGUCCUCCUCCUCCUCCUCGGCGUCGUCUUCAGCCGGCGCCCUGGAGGCCUCGCUCGACAGAAAGCUGCAGGCGGUGACCAACACCAUGGAGUCCAUCCAGGGCCUCUCCUCCUGGUGCCUGGAGAACAAGCGGCACCACAGCACCAUCGUCUACCACUGGAUGAAGUGGCUGAGGCGCUCCGCCUUCCCUCAUCGCCUGAACCUUUUUUACUUGGCCAACGACGUGAUACAGAACUGCAAGAGAAAAAACGCCAUCGUGUUCCGCGACACGUUUGCAGAAGUGCUCCCCGAAGCUGCUUCGUUAGUGAAGGAUCCGUCAGUUUCCAAAUCUAUAGAAAGAAUCUUCAAAAUCUGGGAGGACAGAAAUGUGUACCCCGAGGAAACUAUUCUGGCACUAAAAGAAGCUCUGAGUACCACUUUCAAAACUCAGAAGCAGCUGAAAGAAACUCUGAACAAACAACCGAAUAAGCCGUGGAAGAAAUCUCAAACAUCCACCAACCCAAAAGCUGCUUUGAAGUCCAAGAUUGUCGCUGAAUUCAGACCCCAGUCUCUCAUUGACGAAUUGCUGUUGUAUAAGCGCUCGGAAGACCAGAUAGAACUGAAAGAGAAGCAGCUCUCCACUAUGCGAGUGGAUGUGUGCAGCACUGAAACACUGAAAUGCUUAAAAGACAAAACAGGAGGCAAGAAGUUCUCCAAGGAGUUUGAAGAAGCGAGUUCAAAGCUCGAGGAGUUUGUAAACGGCUUGGACAAGCAAGUGAAAAAUGGCCCCUCGCUAACUGAAGCCCUCGAGAACGCUGGUAUAUUUUAUGAAGCGCAGUACAAGGAAGUCAAAGUCGUAGCCAACGCUUACAAAACGUUUGCUAACAGAGUGAGCAAUCUGAAGAAAAAGCUGGAUCAGCUGAAAGCAACGCUUCCUGAUCCAGAGGAGUCUCCUGUCCCCUCCCCGAGUAUGGACGCCCCAUCUCCAACGGGCUCCGAGUCCCCCUUCCAGGGGAUGGGGGAGGAGGACAGCUCACGUUCUCCAGCAGUGGGAAACCGCAAGACGGCGUCUCCAGAGCCCGUGACAGAUAAUCGGGACGUGGAGGACAUGGAACUGUCUGACGUGGAGGACGAUACGUCUAAAAUCAUUGUGGAGGAGAGGAAGGAGAAGCAGGCUGCUCCACCUUCAGCCCCUGUGAAGGCUGAAAAUGCCCCGAAAGUGGCGCCAGCCACCGCUGCUGUCAGCACAACCUCGGUGACGGUGACAACGCCCGCCCAGACUCCUCCAACUCCUCCAGCUCCCAAGGUGGUGAGCGCGGCGCCCGUCCCUCCAUCGCCAGCUCUUGCCUUGCCAAACCUGGCGAACGUCGACCUGGCAAAGAUCAGCUCCAUCCUCAGCAGUUUAACUUCUGUCAUGAAAAACACAGGUGUCAGUCCUGCAUCAAGACCUUCUCCAGGAACCCCGACAAGCCCAACAGCUCUAACUAGUGGCCUGAAGACUCCUGUCCUGGGGACUCCGUCUGCUCCUUCAAACCCGUUAGCAAAUAUUCUCUCCAAAGUGGAGAUAACUCCUGAGAGCAUUCUGUCUGCCCUCUCCAAAACCCAGACUCAGACUGCGCCAGCACUGCAAGGUCUGUCAUCCUUACUUCAGAGCGUUGCUGGAAACACCAUUCAGUCGAGCGAAGCCGCCUCGCAGAGCACUUCAGCGUCACCAGCCAACACAACUGUACCGUGCGUGAAGGGAAGGAAUAUUCCUUCCAACACCCAGUCCUUUAUAUCCAAAACUUUUGGUUAUUCUCCCAAUUCGUCAACCGCCGAGGUUUCCUCGACUUCAGUUACGAAGGCUCCCAUUGGACAUACCGCGGGGCUUUCAAGUUCCAGUUUUAAGCCGCCAACCAAUUCCCUGGGAUUCUCCAGUUCCCACCCUCCCAGUCCUUCCUCCCUUUUACCGACAGACACCUCAAUGAGUCAAUCCUCCGAAAUUUCAAAGGCGAAGCUGGAAUCGGAACCCCCCUCCCCAAGCCUGGAGAUGAAGAUACACAAUUUCCUGAAGGGAAAUCCCGGCUUCAGCGGCCUGAACUUGAAUAUUCCGAUUUUAAGCAGCUUAGGGUCCAACAUCGCAACGACGGAAAGUCACUCGGCUGACUUUCAGCGUGGUCCUACCAGCACUUCCAUGGACAAUGUGGACGGAACGCCGGUGCGCGAUGAGCGGAGUGGGACGCCCACCCAGGACGAGAUGAUGGACAAGCCAACGUCCAGCAACGUUGACACCAUCUCCUUGCUGUCAAAAAUCAUGAGCCCCGGUUCCUCUACUCCCAGCAGCACCAGGUCCCCUCUCCAGAGCAGGGACGAUGGCUAUCCCCAGGAGCUUUCCAAUUCUGUGCACACCUACCGGCCCUUCGGCCUCGGCAGAGAUUCUCCGGCCGGCAUGUACAAGCAGCCUGCAGAUAGCAUGGAAAUCCCCUCCUCUUUAAUGGACUCCUCACAGGAGAAGUUUUACCCAGACACGUCUUUCCAAGAAGAUGAAGAUUACCGUGACUUCGACUACUCCGGGCCCCCCCCGUCUGCCAUGUUAAACCUGGAGAAAAAGCCCGCAAAGUCGAUUUUGAAAUCGAGUAAAUUAUCCGAAGCUGCGGAGUACCAGCCGGUCCUGUCCAGUUACGGACAAAGAUCGCAGGAUUUCAGCGUCAAGUCGUCGUUCCCUCAGUCGAUGAGGUCUAUCCUCGAUCAGAGCGAGAGCUGCGACCCGCUCUCGACAUCUCCAGGGAUGUACGGGAGCUACGGGCUGCGGGGCAACGACUCCACCUCGGAUGGUUCCCCUUCGCCCAGUAAGAACGACGUUUUUUUCGCACCCGACUCCAAUCACAACAACUUACCGAAACCCGUGGUGCACUCGGGCCUCUCGCAGAAGCAAUACCCGGACUCGCCCCACUCCAUUCCCCACCGGUCCCUUUUCUCCUCCCAAAGCCCCGCGGGCAGAGCGGCCGCGACGGGCGUGGACAAAUCGUUGGGAUCUUCCAUUUCCGCCACGUCCACGAUGGAGUUCAAGAACAUGCUGAAGAACGCCUCGCGUAAGCCCUCCGAGGAGAAGCAUUUCAGCCAGAUUUCUAAAAGCGGCUCCAACGAAGGGGUCGGCUUGUCCAGCCACGGCCAGGCCGGAGGGGCCAAAGGCGAGCAGCAGCAGCAGGAGGAGCACUACCGCAUCGAGACCCGGGUGUCGUCGUCCUGCUUGGAUUUACCCGACAGCACCGAGGAGAAGGGAGCCCCCAUCGAAACUCUGGGCUACCACAACGCCUCGAGCAGCAGGGGCAUGUCCGGAGAGCCCAUCCAGACCGUCGAGUCCAUCCGAGUGCUGGGGAAAGGAAGCAGAGGCCACGGGCGAGAGGCGAGCAGGUCGGGGUGGUUCGAGAUGGGCAACGCGGCGAGCGCCUUCGAUAACGGGCCCUCGAGCGCCUCGGAGCUGCCCGGCAUGGGGGGCUUCCAGGCGCAGUACAAGGAGCACGUGGCGCCCUUCCAGGAGAGCGUGAACAAUUUCCGAACGAAUAACUUCAGCCCCGCUUUCGACCACCACAUGCCACCUCCCAUCCCGCCUCCUCCCCUGGAGCACGGGACUCCUUUCCAGAGGGAUCCCGUCGGCCCUCCCCCGGGCCCCCCGACCGCUCCCCCCAAGGAUCACGGCAGCCUCUUCCCGCGGGAUCACUCGGUCCCCCCGCACCUGCCGCCCGUGGAUCACACUAACCCCUUCUCGAAAGAAACCUCCUCUCCCCUCUCCCUGCCCCACGGCGUGCCCCCGCCUCCUUCCGUGGAGCACACCGGGGUCCCCUUCCCCGCUCCCCCGCCGCCCCCCGUCCCCGGGGAGCACGCCGGCGUCCCCUUCCCCACGCAGCAGCCUCCGCCGACCGGGGAGCACGGCGGGGUGCCCUUCCCCGCGCCCCCCAUCCCCGUGGAGCACGGCGGCGGCGGCGCCUUCGCCAAGGAGCACGGUACCGUUCACCAAGGGACGCUGAAGGAGCAUUUUAACGUGCACCCGGGACCCAGGGAGGCGACGGCUCAGCCCCAGCGGGACCACGGCGGCGGCGCUGGUGGUGGCGGUGGCGGCGGCGCCCCCCUGGGCCGAGUGCGUGAAGCCGUGGGGCUGGGGGGCUCCCUCUCCAGGGAGCAGCAGCUGGGGCCCGCCCGCAGCGUCACCCCCAUCGGCGCCGCUCACAGAGACACUGCCAACCGCGGCGGGAUGAUGGUCAGGAACCCGCGGGCAGACUUCAGGCCCAGGGAGCCCUUCCUAAACAGAGACCCCUUUCAGCCUGAAGAGGCCCCGGCCGCCUUUCGGGAGGGGAUCCCCCUUCUUUGCACCAAAACGCCCCUUCUUCCCCCCCAGGUACUGAAGCAGACGCCCAUCUCUUGAGCGAAGGUAUUCGGACAUUGUAGAGAGCAGGGGAGUAGCGCUUUCACUUGGUUUUUCCUUUUUUUUUUCUCCCCUUUUUCCCUUUCCCUCCCUCCCUCCUGAAGAGCCCCCGUAACACUUUUCCUAAAUUAAAUGUUCUGUAUUUUUUGGUUGUUUAUUUCCUAAGCCACCCAGUUGGUGCGAGACUAGAGAAAAAAAAAAUGUUUUAACGAAAAGAAGUAUUGCUGUUGUAAUAAAACUUCCAGUAGUAGUCUAAACAAAAAAAGAGAUAAAAUGCGCGAUGUUGGGAUCUUUUUUUAGCUAAUUACCAAAUUCGCCUCCCGAGCCCUCGCAGCCCGUGUCAGACCACAAGGAGAGGUUGGGGGCAGGAGCUCUGCUGCUGGUAGGGAAGAACGAAGGGUCCAAGCGCUUUUCUGCGGUGAUGGAGACCCCAACCACCCCAAACCACCCCAAGCAACCCCUCCUGUGCCUUUCCUGGGGGCGAGUCCCCUCCACCGACACCCCCAGGCUCUGCGGGGCGUCCUCCCCCCGACCGCUUCUCUGGCUGGCAAAAAAAAACCACAACAAGCCCCCGCUCGGUGGCUGCCCCAGGAACCUUGACCUUGGUCUGCUUUCGGGCAGUGGGCUCCGGCCUGUGCGCUCCCCAGCAUCUCCCGCGCAGGUUUUGGCCCCAAAAACCAACAAAUCGGGAACUCUCCAGUGGCCAGCGUGUUCCCUGCACCCACCUGGCCGCAGCACCCUCUGCACGGCCGCGGCUCGUGGCAGCCCCCGUGCUCACAGCCCCUUCCGUGGAGCUUAACCCCCUUUGGAAAAACCCCUCUGGUUUGUUUUUUUUAUGUUUGUUUGUGUUUUUUUUCCCCUUUUUUUUGUUUUUUGUUUUUUUUCCCCUGGGAACACUGUUUGACUUUCUCUGUGUGUGUAUAUAUAACCGCUUUUUAAUGCCAUCUCUGAUUGUGUGAAACUCACAGGCUGUAAGCUGAGAGACAGAACCUGCAUGCGGAGGAAUGGGGACGAGGCCGGGCCCCCUGCUCCCCGCGUGCUCUCCGCGGGGACGGCCCUGCCGCCGUGUGCGCAGGGGGCUUUUAUAUGAAGUCGGAAUUUUACUUGAUUAAUUUUUAUUUUAUUUUAUUUUAUUUUUAGUUGGUAGAAUUCAUUACCUAUAUGUUUGAUAAAGGUGUAGGGUUAAAUAUCUACAUAAAAAUUGCAAAAAAAAAGA